GGAACACUAGAGCACAGAUACUGUUACUCUGCCUCGCCUCCUACAGAGCUCUAAGUCCCACAGCGGAGACUUAAACUAAAGAAGACUUAAUGAAUAGGAGGACGUUUUCUACUUCAUGGGAGCGCGAACAAAACCAUUUUGUUAAUGUCUUGAAGAAGCUAAUAGUGUAGGCUAAUAUCCCCCACUCCCAAGACUGAGAAGAAGAAGAAAAAAAAAAAAAAAAUUGUGGGGUCAGACUUUCAUCAGACAGGCGGGUGGAUGAGUUUUGUGGAUGUUAUUUGAUGGAUUUCUUCGUCGGGCUGUGUCUUACUGCGGCCGAGAGACAGCAACAGUGUGCGGAAAAGUAUUUGAAUGUUAGACAUAUGGCUUCGACGAGGAUAACACGCUGGAUGCUUGGUGAGGCGUGGUGGUGAAGAUGGUUAGAAUGUGCUCAGUGGGACUGCUGUCAUUGGACCGGGUCAGAUGGACGGAUGUAAUGGGAAUAGUAGUCCUUUAUCUGCUGCUGCUAUCAACUUGUCUUGGCCAAGACACAGAAGACUGGCAAUAUGAGGAAUGUAAACUUUCACGGUCAGGCCCUCCUGCUACCAUCGUGGCCAUAGAUGAAGAAAGCCCAAAUGGAACAUUGCUGGUGGAGAACAUGCAAAUCAAUGGCGUUGCAGUGGGUCCCAAUCGUACCAUCUCUUUGUCUCUAAGAGACAACCAUGACUACUGGGUGAUCCUAGACCCUUCCAAACAGGCUCUUUAUCUGAACAGCACUGGACGGGUUCUUGAUAGAGAUCCACCAUCUUACAUUCAGUCCAUCGUGGUUCAAGUUCAGUGCACCAAUGAACUGAUUGGCACUGUAAUUUUACACGAGGUGCGAAUCGUAGUUCGGGACCGCAAUGACAAUGCACCACGUUUUCAGCAGCCGAGAUACUACGUCGCCAUCAGUGAGCUGACUCCAGUCGGAACAACAAUCUUCUCUGGUUUCUCGGGGAACAAUGGUGCAACAGACAUUGAUGAUGGUCCCAAUGGACAGAUAGAGUACACCAUCCAGUACAACCCAAAAGACCCGACAGCCAACAGAACCUUUGACAUCCCCCUGACAUUGUUUGGCUCUGUAGUUCUCAGAGAAAGACUGAACUAUGAAGAGAUUACGCGGUACCUGAUCAUCAUACAGGCAAAUGAUCGAGCCCCCUAUCCGAGUGAGCGACGCACCGCCACCACCACACUAACGGUGGAUGUACUUGAUGGUGAUGACUUGGGUCCCAUGUUUCUACCAUGUACACUUGUGGGAAACACCCGUGACUGUAAUCCCAUUACGUAUAGGGCUAAUGUGCUGGAGUUGACAGAGCCAAAUAAGGUGAAUCCACUGAAUGUGACUCCACCCAUUCAAGCUGUGGAUCAAGACAGAAACAUACAACCCCCCUCUGACAGACCAGGGAUCUUGUAUUCCAUCCUCAUUGGCAAACCAGAAUCUUAUGCAGAAUAUUUCAGCUUAAACAGAACCACAGCGGAGCUCCUGUUGCGUAAGCCUAUUGACAGGGAAUUGUACAGAAGAUUUGAUCUGGUUAUCAAGGCAGAGCAGGACAAUGGACACCCUCUGCCAGCUUUUGCCAACCUCCAAAUCGAAGUUCUGGAUAAAAACAACCAGGCACCAUACUUCCUGAACAGCAGUUACCAUGGAUACAUUAGUGAGGCAUCACCAGUAGGAACAACUAUUUCAACCAACAUCAGCCUUUCUGCACCACUGGCCAUCAUAGCUCUGGAUAACGAUGUAGAAGAGACUAAAGACCCUCAUCUCCAAUUCUCACUGGACAGUAAUUCUAAUGUUUUCUCUGUAUCUGCGACUGGAAUCAGAAGAUAUCUCACCCUGGUUCAGCCUGUUGACAGAGAGACACAAGACUCCUACACAUUUACGCUGUUAGCAUCAGACGGCGUCCAGCAGAGCGCUCCUGUCACUGUGACUAUAACAGUGUUGGAUGCUAAUGACAACACUCCAACUUUUUCUAAUGUCUCUUAUAGUGUCAAUGUGUUCACUAAUAUGAUGCCUGGAGAAACUGUGUUACAGCUUUCAGCUGUUGACUCUGAUGCAGAUCAAAAUGGUCAGGUCACCUAUCGGAUCUUGGCUGGAGACCAGGGACAGUUCCUAAUAAGCAGCAGCACUGGGGUCAUAACGGUGGCACCAGGUGUUGAGCUCAUGGUGGGAAGAAGCUACGCUCUGACUGUAGAAGCCAUGGACAAUGGGCCUGUACUUCACAGAAGGUCAUCCAUUACUACAGUCUAUAUUGAAGUUUUGCCCCCAAACAACCAGAGCCCUCCCCAUUUUCCACAGCAACAAUACAACCUGGAGAUCAGUGAAGCAAUGAGGACUGGUGCCACACUGCUUAAUCUGCAGGCAGUGGAUCGAGAGAGGGACCCCAUAACUUACAAAAUCCACAGCGGAGACAUCAAUGGAAAUUUUGCACUGCAGCAGAAUUUGGGGUAUUUGGUUCUGGAGAAUCCUCUGGACAGGGAAUCCCUGGAUUAUUAUACCCUGGUUGUUACAGCCUCAGACGGACACCCAAAUGGAACCUCCACUGCCACAGUGAACAUUGCCGUGACAGAUGUUAACGACAAUGACCCGGUCUUCAAUUCUUCACUGCCAGUAAACCUCACUGUCACAGAGGAGCAGGAUCACGCCUAUGUUGGACAGAUCAAGGCAACAGAUCCAGAUCUGGGGGCAAGCGGUCAGGUCCAUUAUCGGCUCAUCAACCACCAGAAGCUGUUUGUCAUCAAUUCCACUGGAGCCAUCAGAACUGCGGUGCCAUUGGACAGAGAGGUGAAAGGCCACUACUUUUUGGUCGUUGAAGCCUCAGAUGGUGCGGUAGACCCUCGGCGAUCCAGGCUGACGCUCUCUAUCACCGUUCUUGAUGUAGACGACAACAGCCCAAUAUUCUCCCAACAAACUUACAAUAUCAAUCUACCAGAGAACAGCCCUAAAGAUACUGUCAUAUUGCAGUUAAAGGCGACGGAUGCUGACCUCAACUCCAACCUCACAUAUCGAAUCAGAACUGAAGGACUGGAUCCUGAGAUAGCACAGCUAUUCCAUGUUGACCCCAUGACAGGGGAGCUGUCAGUUCUCAAGGUUCUGGAUUAUGAGGCUCUGAAUGAUGCUGAACCGUUGUACACAUUCACCGUAGAGGCCGCGGACACAGAGGGAACCAUGCCUCCUGGCCUAGCCUCUGUUACUGUCAGAAUAAUGGACAUGAAUGACUUCUCUCCAGCAUUCAGCCGGCCAGUGUACCGAGGCAUGGUUGCUCCAAAUGCUGUCAAGGGAACCAUUGUAACCACAGUUAUGGCCAAUGACUCGGACCCUGUGGGUUCCCCUGCAAGCCUGAUUCACUACAAGGUGGACCAGGAGGCAUAUCCAUAUUCUGCCAGUAUAUUUGAUGUAGAAGAAGGAACGGGGCAUGUGGUUACCAGAGUAAACCUUAAUGAAGAACCCAACCUAAAGUUCAGUCUGGUGGUCGUGGCCUAUGAUCAUGGUCAGCCUGUGAAAGAAAAUACAACUCUGGUUGAAAUCACAGUCCUUCAGCCUUCAGUUAUUCCCAUCUUCACUCAGGAAGAAUACAGGUUUUCGCCAGUGAGUGAGGAAGCUGCUGUGGGAACUCUAGUGGGGGUAAUUUUGGCAGCUGCCGUCAAUCAGACUAUUGUUUAUUCCAUCAUUGAAGGCAACAAGGGAGAUGUUUUUACAGUAAAUGAAACAACGGGAGCAAUUUUCACUGCCAAACCUCUGGACUACGAGACCAACUCUAGCUAUGUUCUGAAAGUAGAGGCGGACUCCAUGGGAGUGGUGUCCUCAAACCUCAGAGCUCCCUCAAAGGCUAACACAGCUAAGGUGGUGAUAGAUGUCCAGGAUGAGAACGACCACCCACCAGUAUUCACCAGGCCUCUGUACAUUGGAGGAGUUGCAGAAGAUGCCAAAACUUUCACUUCAGUUUUGCAAGUACAGGCUCUAGACAAAGACACUGGUAACUACAGUUCCAUGAUGUACCGACUGAUCAUUCCCCCUCCAGCUGGUAAAGACACUAAAGAUGGCAAAGAUGGCUUUGUCAUUGAGCCGUACAGCGGUGUGGUGAAGACAGCUAUCAUGUAUCGUAACAUGAGGAGAUCAUAUUUUAAGUUUGAGGUGGUUGCCACGGAUAACUAUGGUCAAGGACACAGCAGCAAGGCAGAGAUUGUGGUGUCAGUCGUGAACCAGCUAGACAUGCAGGUGGUUGUAUCGAAUGUCCCUCCAACGUUUGUGGAGAAAAACAAAGAAAAACUCCUCAGCAUUUUGGAACGGUACGUCCAGGAGCAGAUUCCUGGAGCGAAGGUCGUCAUGGAAACCAUUGGGCCCCAUCGAAGUGGUGAUGGAACGGAGCAGGAAGAUUACACCAAGUCGGACCUCAUGAUAUAUGCCAUUGACCCACUGACAAACAGAGCUGUAUCUAGACAAGAGCUCUACAAGUUUCUAGAUGGAAAGCUAUUGGACAUCAAUAAAGAGUUCCAGGCCUUUCUCCCGCCUGGUGGACGAAUUCUGGAAAUUCGAACUCCCGAAGUGGUGACCAGUGUAAAGAAAGCUGUGCAAAAUGUAGGCUACACAGAGGGGGCACUGUUGGCUCUGGCAGUUAUUAUCAUUAUCUGCUGUGUUCCCGCCAUACUGAUAGUCAUUAUCACUUACAGACAAUUCAAAGAGCGCCAAGCAGAGUGUGCCAAAACAGCCCGCAUUCAGAUGGCACUGCCAGCAGGUAAACCUGGAGGAAGUACUGCCAACAACCUGUACGAAGAGCUGGGUGACAACGCCACGCGAGGAUAUGGACAGCAUGAGACACAGCAACUUCUCCGACCCUCUCUCCUCAGACCAGAGGAGUUGUCGAUGGAAUCUGGUAUUGAUCCUGGCCAGGACUACUACACACAAGAUUACUACAACUACGAUCAUGGGUAUGAGCUGCCUCAGUAUGGCAGUCGCAGGAAGCUCAUCUCCACCUCUGGUCUCUACGAUGAAUAUGGAGAAGUUGUAGUUGACGACGAUGGCAGCUACUACUACAGCCCUCAGGAGUCUGAUGGAGAGCAGGGCAGUAGAAAGCGUCGGAUCAAGUUGGUGCUCGACCGGGAGUACGAGACCAGCUCCACCGGUGAGGACAGCAUGCCGGAAACCCAACGCAGCUGCUUGCCCUCCACCCACAGCAGCCAUGUUAAUGUUAACGGGAGCAUCUAUGUGGCCCAGAAUGGCUCCAUCAUCCGCACUAGACGGUCGGUGAACGUUGCAGGUCCCACACACACCACCACACCAAACAACCACCUCAAACUGAGUUCUCCCAUCUUCAGCUCAAGGUUGGCCAAGCACUUUAAAAAACUAGACAAAAUGGCUGCCACACUGGAGGAAAGAGUACCCCUAAACAACCCCAGGACAACCGCAGAGGGUGGAUGCAACAUACUGCACACCUUCCAAAGCGCUAAACCAGCCACCUCCUCCUCCUCUAACUCUGAUAACAACAAAACGCUGAAUGUGUUUAACACUCGACAAUCUAGCGCGUCUUUGGGGUCAACCAGCACCAGCAACACGGGCCCUGAAAGUCUCACCUCCAAACCCGAACUGCUCCAAGCUGCGCAGAGCAGCACGGACCAUCCUGAGAGCUCAGCGGAGAGAGAUGAGCCGAAAGAAGGCGAGAAUGACUCCAAGGUCGAUGAGGACAGCAGCAACGACAAAGGUGGAGUCGUUACAGGAGAGCCACAAGAAUAUCUGAGUGACAGGACGCAGUCGGAUGAGGAAGAGUUAUGGAUGGGCCCCUGGAACAGCCUUCACAUACCCAUGACCAAACUCUGACUUUCCCCGAGACCACUGUGUUUGUUGUUAUUGCCAAGUUCAUUAAAAAGUUUAGACUUUAUUUCUCUUCAUUUGCUGCAAAACUAAUGGGGUUGCUUAGUUUAAGUUAAAUGAACUUGAUUGGUACUGAGCUUACAAAGCAAGCUAAAAUAAUUUCACUUAUUUAAGUACAGAGAUAUUAAGCGAGUACUUUGGCAUUUGAUUGGUUAUUUGCUAGUUUACACAUAAAAACUUUUGUUUUUUAAUGUCUCAGUGCUCCAGUCUGUCCAUCCUUUCAGCCAAACUGAUCUCAGAGCUGCAGCACAUUCAGAAAACUGGACCUAGAAUGAGAGGACUUGCUAUAUUUUUACACUGACAGUGAGAAAAAAAACUUGAUGAACCUUUUUAUGGCCCUUUAAGCGACUGGUGUCUGUAGGAAACUGAGCUUGAUUCAUUUGGUAUUAAGGCCAUUGGCACAACUCAUCUUGAAUUUGCCUGACACGUUUCAUUGACACAUGAAGUCUUGUAUUGUUCACACUUGCCUUUUUAUUCUUGUCAAGUUGCUUGGCAGACCAGAUCCAAAUAAAGUUUCAUCUGAUGAAAGGUGAAGUUGUGAUGUUACAUCUGUGAAACUGAGAAGCCAUGGGGAAUACCGUGUCAUUAAACAUGUCAUCAAAUGAGCCUCGUUUAACAGACCAAUUUCCUUUUUUUCCUUUUUUUUUGUUUGGUUUUUUUUGUUUGUU